CUCAGCCGUGCCAUGGUGACCUUCACGGCGCGCCGGAGGGAGCCCGAGCUGGUGCGCCCGGCGCGGCCGACGCCCGUCGAAACCAAGGCCCUCUCCGAUCUCGACGACCAGUGGUCGCUGCGGUUCUACGAGUCCAUCGUCGGCUUCUUCCGCAGCCCGCCGGGCGAAAGCACCACGCCGGGCAAAGUGGCCAAGGGCAUCAAGGCGGCCGUGGCGGGGGCUCUCGUGUACUACUACCCCAUGGCCGGACGCCUGAGGAAGCUCCCCGACGGCAACAAGCUGGUGGUGGACUGCACGGGGGAAGGGGUGAUGUUUGUGGAGGCCACCGCGGACGUGCGGCUGGAGGACCUGGGCCAGCCGCUGGUGCCUCCGUACCCGUGUGUCGAGGAGUUCUUGGGCGACGCCGGCAACACGAGAGAUGUCAUUGGCAAGCCUCUGCUCUUCCUGCAGGUGACACAACUCAAAUGUGGAGGAUUUGUCAUUGGGCUUCACAUGUGUCAUUGCAUUGCUGAUGGUUUUGGCAUCCUCCAAUUUAUAAAAUUUAUAGCUGAUCUUGCAUGUGGUGAACUUAUCCCAACCACCUUGCCAGUGUGGAAAAGAGAUAUUUUCACAGCACGUAUCCCACCCUCCGUCUCACACGUCUACUCGGCUUAUAAACCAUUUCUUCUUGGGUUAGAUUGCAGAGGAAAUGAUGUGAUGCUAUCAACUCCACCAGAAACUAUGGAAGUGCAAUAUUUAUUCUUUGGACCAAAAGAGAUAGAGAUUUUAAAAAGCCAUGUCCCAGGACAUCUAUCCAAAUCUACAACAACAUUCGAAUUGAUUACUGCCGUCAUGUGGCGAUGUCGCACGUUGGCAUUGGGUUAUGAAUCUAAUCAGAAAGUACGUGUCAUGUUUACUUUAAAUGCACGUGGCAGAAGUAUUAAUGGGGAAAGUGUUGCCGUCCCACAUGGUUACUAUGGAAAUGCACAUCUCUCUCCCGUGGUUGAGGUCACAGUUGAUGAGUUGUCUACAAAGCCGUUGGCUCAUAUACUUGAGCUAAUGCGGAAAGUCAAGAUGGACACCACGAAGGCUUGUGUGAAGUCAAUGGUGGAUUUGAUGGCUUUAUGGAGAGAGUGGUCACCAUUCUGCAUGGACAGAACAUACGAGGUUAGUGAUACAAAGUGGGUUGGAGGCAAUACCCUACAGUUUGGGAAAGCUGAGUUGGUUGCAGCCGGUACGCCACAUGCAGGAGAUUUCACUUCAAAGUUGAUAAGCUAUCAUACAAAGUGCAAGAAUCAAGACGGUGAAGACUCAACAGUGGUAUCAAUCUUAUUGCCAAAAUUGGCAAUGGAGAAGUUUACAAAGGAGAUGGCAAUUUGGUUGAAGAAAUAAAAUGGAUAUGUAUAAAAUGUAAUUAGUCCAUUUUACUUUCUAAUUUUAUCAUGAUUUUGUAUUAAGGUUGAAAAACAUCGACCAAAGUAGGUCGUGUACUACCAUUAAACUACAUAGGAAACUAGACAUGAUACCACUUGUUGUAUCAAUGAUGUAUUGUCCU